CGUCGUCGUCCGAGAUCUAGUGGGGACGCUCUUGCUCUUGCUCCUCGACUGCGCGGCAUGGCGUCCCUCCUGGCCGUCAUGAUCGUCGCAAAGUCGAGCCUCGGCUCGCAGCUCGUCUACGCCUACCCGCCCGACCCUCGCGCCGUCCCCCGCACCCACAAACCCGUCUACUCGGCGAGCCGGCGACAGCGCGCCCUGUACCAGGCCUACACCUCGAGCAGCGACUCGGACUCGGGCACCGACACCUCGGACGACCAGGACGACCACACCCCCGACUCGAAGCACUUUCUCGGCUUCCCCGACAACGUCCUCGCCUCGCUCCUCUCGCCCUCGCGCGAGCUGUGCGACCAGCCGUUCGAGCUCGUCGUCGACCACCUCUCGUUCGUCGGCCACCCGGUGUGGCUCGGCGACGACGACCCGCCGCGAGACCGACCCGACGAGGCGGCCGCGAAACCCGACACCGGCGCGAGCGAGCGAGGACAAGACGGCGACGAGGACGACGACGACGACGACGACGACGACUCGAGCGCGGUACGGGGCAGGAGUCGACGGCCUCGGUACAAGGACCUCGUCACCGAGGACGACCUCGACCUGUCGGCCGCCGAGCGCGACCGCACUGUCGGCCCUCCCGCCAGUCGCAACGCCUCGGCACCUCCUCGCCCCCUCCUCAUCGCCGACAGCGGCUCGCCUUCCCCGACUCGACCCGGCACUCUCGCCCGCAGCCAGUCGUCGACGUCGACCCUCCACCCGGGCUCGUCGCUCGCGUCGUCGCAGCACUCGCACAACUCGCUCGCGGGCUCGAGCCGGCUCGUCUCCUUCAACUUCCUGUGCGUCAUUGACACGCCGCCCGACAGCCACCUGAGCAGCCACCUCGAGGGCUUCUACAAGGACGUCAUCAUCCCCAUCACGGCCAACAUCAAGGCGCUCGAGAAGAAGGACCUGUGGCUCGGCAAGCAGGCGGCCAAGUUGCGGCGCGCCAAGGAGACCGCCAUCGAGAAGGACGACCCGUACGACGCGUUCCUGCGCUCGCUCCCCGCCCGAUCCGCCCUCGCCGGCGCUCUCAGCCAGCUGUACACGUCGCUCAAGGCAGACGAGCUCGCCGAGAUCCAUCUCGGCCCGCUCCCCGUCCAGGUCAUCCUGCGCGGCGAGCUUCCGGCCGAGGACGACCUCGAGCUGCGCGAGCGCGACGCCCUCCUCCUGUCGGACCAAGCCGACGACGACCUGAGCCCGGCCGGCCGGCGCGACCGCAGCCUGUCGCCGGGCGGUCACGCGUACGGCAAGUCGCGUCCACCGCCGCUCUUCUCGAGGAUGCGGCGGCGGCCCCCGGUGCACUUUCACCCGUGGGAGACGCUCCUCCUCCUCGAGGACGCGCGUGUCCUGCAGCGCGACGUGCUCGAGGACUCGCUCCUGUGGCGGUUCCUCGAGAUCUGCCGCCCGACCUUGAGCUUUGCCGAGUACGAGACGCUGCUCGACCUCGACUCGGAGGACCAGCUCCUCGAGGACGUCGUCGACCACCUCGUCCACUGGAAAAAGGCGCGCGUCAUCGACCUCAUCUCGCUCAAGGGCUCGUACAGCAUCGCUGCAGGGUUCAAGCCGACUCGACUUCCCUUCCUCGCCUCGUCCUUCGCCACCGCCUUCCCUUCCCUUCCUCCACUGCCCACCCUCCUCUCGCGACUGUCGCCCACCGACCCGUACCUGGCCGUCAUCCCGUCGUCCUCCCAACGGAGCCUGUACCUCACCGCCCUCAUCUGGCUCCUGCGCAACGACGUCGUCGACAAGCCGCGCACCUUCGUGCGCGUCGUCGCGUCCGAGGCCAUCAAGCGCGCGACGACGCAGCACUGGGGCGGCCUCCAGAGCGGCGUCUCGGGCGCGACGACGUCGGGCACGGGCAUCUCGGGCAGGGACGACUCGGCAAGCCAGCUGAGCACGAGCGCGAGCGGGGCGAGCGAUCACUCGUUCGGGAGCGCGUACCGUCGCUCGAGGCUCGCAGUGGGCGGCAGUGCGCCCGGCGAGGACGGCGAGGGCGCGCGCGACGGUCGAGCAGGAGGAGCAGGGGCAGGAGCAGGAGGGGCCGACUCGCCGCGCGACUCGCAGCUGUCGACGAGCGCGAGGAGUGCGACGAUGAGCGCACGCCCACCUCGGUCGCGCAGGGCAGCGGCGGCACCGGCGCAACGAGCCAAAGGGCUCAGCACGGCGACCUACUCGAGCCACUCGGAGCGGCUCGACGAGGGCAACUUGGCGCCGAGCGUCAUCGUCGAGCCGGGCCGGCCGUCGAUGCUCGAGAGCAGGUGGAUCAGCGAGAUCUGCCGCGACAAGGACAAGGCCGUCGUCGACAAGUUUGAGCGCAUCAUCCGCAUGCUCAACGGGCGGCACCACCUCGACGAGAUCCGCUUCCGAGCGCAGCUCUCGCGCAAGCACCUCUCGCUCGUCCUCGCCGCGUUCGACGAGCACCUCGUCCUGUUCACCCACCCUUGAUCCCUCUCCCUCGUCGACUACGCCUCGCUCUCACUCGCCCUUCCACCUCACCCUCAUGACCGUCCUCCCGACGCCACUGCUCUUGCCCCUGCC